ACAACCUAUGACAAAGUACGCGUUUACAGUGGAGCUGGCCGUCAAAGAAUUCGACAGCGGCGACCCGUUGGCCUUUAAAAUGGACGGACACCGAUUCGACGGAGCCCUGCGGACCCUCAAAUGGAGUGCCGAUCAGACGUACUCUGUGAAAGUGACCACAAAACCGGCAACCGAAGUGACCCGAAUCAACGUGAACGGCAACGAUUUGGAGGUGACAAAGGAGAAGAUCGGCGUUUUUUCCGGCAAUUGGAACACUGCAGGAGCAGAAAUUUCGAAGCGAGGAACCCGACAUCCGCUCAUUUUUCUGGUGAAUUUUGCUCCGGAGGGACAGAUGAAGGCCGAGUUUCAGUCGAAAAUUUAUUCGAAGAACGACUCCCACGCAGUUUGGGGUCACAAGAUGAAUAGCGUCGAGUUCAAGUGCAGCGGCGACGACGAUGGAUACGUGAAAAUUGUCGACGAAAGCUAUAAAUAAUUGGAUUUUUUUUUCCGAUAUUUGAUUUUUUCCUAGUUUUUUUCUCGAAAAUCUCUUUCUCCACGAAUUGUCAUAUCUCCUCGGCUUCUCAUCUCAAAAUCCGCGCCCUAUACUUCAUUCCCAGGUUUCCCUGAAAAAUUGCAAUAAUUCCGAAAUUUCCCCAGAACAAAUCGAUAUAAGUAUAUGAAAUGAAUAAUAAUUU